ACAGUUUUUGACAGUCAUUACGCAGUACUGCUUGAAAAUUUUAUAUCGUUUAGUAAUACGCGAGCCAAUGCGAUGGGAAAUUUAUUUUCAUCUAAACCUAAACCAAAGCCGAGUCGAGUAACUCCGCAGGACAGGGCAAUUCUCGAGUUAAAGAAGCAACGAGAUACGUUAAGAACGUAUCAAAGAAAAAUAGAAAAUGAUCAAGAAGUACUAAAACGACUGGCAAAGCAAUGUCUUAAAGAUGGCAACAAAAAUAAAGCAAAAUUGUUGCUAAGAAAGAAGAAACGACAAGAAACACUGAUGACACAAACAGAACAGCAAAUUGAUAACUUAGAAGUGAUGGCAAACGACAUCGAGUUUGCCCAACUGGAAUCAAAUGUCUUUGAGGGUCUCAAAGUUGGAAAUGAGUCUUUAAAAGCAAUGCAUAAACUCAUGUCGUAUGAGGAUGUGGAGAAGAUCAUGGAAGAGACACAAGAAGGGAUUGAAUACCAACGAGAACUUGACGAGCUUCUUGCUGGAUCUGUUACACAAGAAGAUGAGGAAUCGAUCCUCGCUGAGUUGGAUGACUUGGUAGGAGAUAAAGAGAAGAUUCAGAAUCUUCCGGAUGCCCCAACUGAUGAGCUGGAACAGAAAACUGAAGCUAGGAAGGAAAAGAAACAAGAGAGGACAUUGCUUGAAGCUUCUUAAUUGGAGUUGUAAUAAUAUACAUAUCUUAAUUCUGUUUUUGUGUUUACUCUAUGUGAUACAGUGUCAUUGAAGUACUUUUGUAUAAACAUAUUUAAGCAACUAUCAGUACCCUGGUUGUUGGCAGAGUUAAAGUAAUAUAUUGAAUAUCAUGUUUUUAAUGUGCUAUACUGUUGUAUAACAAAGUUUAAUCAUGCCUUUAUUGUUUUCAAAG